GUUUCAUUUAAAUUCGAAAUUCAGCGUAAAAUACAUACAAAUAUAUUGAAAUAAUUUACUCAACAAAAUGGACUCACAUUCCAAAAAUGUCUUCCUCAUCGGUAUUUUACACAUCGUGGGUUAUGCACUAUUUACCCUGCAGCCUGUAACCAAAGUGAUUAUUAUGAUUUCUGAGGACCAAUUAAACGGUAGAAUGUUUUUUUCGCUUAUGGGUGUAUUUGGAUUUUGUAUAUUGAUGGUAAUUUUAGCUUCACUAAUGUUACGUGGUGUGAUUAGGCAAAACUAUUUGCUAGUGGCUCCUUUCUUUGUAUUUUAUACCUUUAUUUUGUCGGCCACUUUUGUAUGGUUUCUUAUACGAAUUUUUAUGGAUUUUAAAAUUUCAGCAUUUUGCUUCUAUCAAUAUCAUUUAUAUAUGUAUGGUCUACACGCCCUGAUUCUGUAUCCUGUUUACACUUUGUUGGCAAAGCUUCGUUUAAGAUAUCUAAAGGAAAAGGCCCUAAAUGAUACAUUUUCCGAAAAGGAAAAGAAAUCAACUAACAUAUUGGCCUCUGUAUAGAUUAAAAGUUUAGAAUAUUCAAUAAUUACUUAAUUAUGUUAUUUGUUAAACAAUAUACAUUUUAUUAGUUGAAACUAGUAAAUUAAUAUUAAAUUAGAAAAACAGCCACAUGUAUU